AUGAUGAGUUCUGCCGCCUGGGAAGGCCAGGACCAGCACAUGGCCUCGGGCCCCGACGAUGAAUUCAACCAGUUUCUCGACAUGAGCGGCAUCGGCAGCAUUCCAGACACGAGCGCCAUGCAGUUUGAUUUUCACGGCUUCAACGACGGCGCCUCGGCCGGCCCCCAACCCAUGAUGGCCGGCGCCGCUCACCAGCACCCGCAGCAUCAGCACCAGCAGCCGCGUCAGGCCCCCUCGGCCGGCGAUGCCCUCAUGACCGACUCGGACCCCUCGAGCAUGAUCCCCCGCAGUGACGGCCUGCUGCAGAACCACACGCCCGCCAUGUCCACCGGCGUCUCCCACCCGUCCAUCACCGCCCACAUGCUGGCCACGUCGGCCCCCGACUCCAUCUCCAACAUUGACGCCCAGAUUCACUACCUCCAACAGCAAAAGUUUCACCAGCAGCAGCGCCAGCUCCAUGAACAGCAGGCCACCUUCUACGGGCCCCACGGCCACUCUGUGCCCCCAACCCCUCAGAGCCUCGAGAUGCCGCCCGGCAGCGGCCAGUUUUACUCCCAGGCCGAGCAGAUGCCCCAGCGCACUGCCUACGAUCGCAGCUAUCACCAGCGUGUGGCCGAGCAAGAUAUGGCCUUUACACCUCUUGUGUCUCCCGCCGUCACCCCUCUAGAUCCUCACUUCAACAUGGAGCACAACUUUGCUGUUCCUGGCUCGUACUUCAGCCCCCUGACUUCACCUGCUCUGCACGCCCAACCCGAUGGCUCUAUCUAUGACCACAGCACCAACUCCAACAACUCUCCUAUCGACAUGGACCUGGAGACGCCUCCCGCCACGCAAACUGUACAACCUAGCCAGGAUCUAGCCAAGAAGGCACGCAGAAAUAACGCCGCCAAGGCUCGCUCAAAAGCUGCCGUCAAGAAUUCCCCCAUUGCCAAGCCUCAACGCCGCAAGGUCGGCCCCAGCCCUGCCAUUGUCUCCCAGGUUCUGAGCGAGGUCGACGAGCGAAGGCUGCAAAAUGGCAGUGAAACGGGCCUGCUGCCUCUGCCGGCUACCUCGACAGAGGGCUCCGAGGAGAAUGCUUCAGUGUCGCCCGAAAACCUCACAGACAUGCCCCCACCGCCAGUCCCUGCGCGCAGAUCCAACAGCAAGUCUCCCUACAUCCAGGCCCAGAACGGCAACUCGAACCAGGCACCGCCGCUGUCUCUCAACGAAGAGCGCCAGCAGCCUCAUCCUGCUACUCCCGCCUCACUCAUGAAGCUGGCCUCCAAGGGCAAGAAGCCGCAGUCGACCAAUCAGCAGGGCGACACGGCCACCGAACACAUUGAGUCUCUCGAGCUGCCUGAAUCCGUCUCCAACAGACCGUUGGCGCCCAUCAACACCCAAAUCGCCUCCCAGUUCCCUGGAAACGACCAACCUACCUCUGCCCGCAGCACAAACUUCCACCCUUCACCCUCGCCGCAUCUGCGUCCAGCCGGCGGCACCCCGUCCGCCAGUGCGAGCCCCUCGCUUGGUCCUCGAUCGGCUGGUCCAUCGGCGCGCAAAACCCCACAGAUGCUUUCACGGAACGGCAGAAAACGCUCGACCGGCUCCGUGCACGUGUCUCCCGCCCUUCUCCCCCGGAUCUCGCCCAACAUCAAGCCGCUGAUGCCCGGCACGCCGGGCAUGUCGGCCGAGGACACGUCGCGGCUCCUCAUGUCCAAGUCCAACUAUCAAAACAUCCUCGAGGGCAACACGGUACCCGGCGUCAGCUACCCGACCGAGCUGUCGACCAACCUCACAUCGAAGCGCACCUCGCACAAGAUUGCCGAGCAAGGCCGCCGCAACCGCAUCAACUCGGCGUUGCAGAUCAUGGCGAGCCUAUUGCCCGACACAGGGAAGCCAACGUCUGAGGACGGCGAAGACAAGAAGGACAGCAAGGCGGGCAGCAGCAACAGCAACAGCACCAAUACGCCGAGCAGCAAGGCCAGUGUGGUGGAGAAUGCCAUUGUGCACAUGAAGAAUUUGCAAAAAGAAAACGAAGACUUGAAGAAGGACCUGGAAGAACUAAGGAGUAGAAUGGAGGGCUUACAAAAGGCUUCGUGA